AUUAACAGUAAUAACCAUGUGAUGAGUUCCAGACUUUCCUAGCUGAAUGCGGAGACAAACUCAUGAAGGAUAAAGAGUUGCAUUAUUGUUUUCCAAUUUGAGCUGUGCCCAUUCUUUAUAUGGAAGUGGAAGCAUCCAAUUUAUUUCUCUGCUCCCCUGCAAUCGCAAAGGACCUCCAUUCAGCAAUAGAUUAGUGUAAAACUGGGCCACUCUUGCUUCUUCUGCGCUUUAUGCCAACAUAAACCUCUUUUGCUGAAGUAAUCCUUUUAUCACAAAUGCUCUUUUCUUCUCUAUAUAUUCACUCACUUUGCUUUCUUCCAACUCACAUACUCUCUCUUCGACAUGGGAAUCAUGCCAUGCCACUCAAAUUGUGAUUGUCAAUCUCACUCUGCCCGCUUCCAGUCAGACUUAUCUACACCGUCCCUUACUUGUCAGCGAAGUCUCCACUCAGUUCCUUCCCUCACCUCACAAACCCACCAGAGAUUAAGCAAUGUUUCCAUCAUCCAUUAUCACUGCCUCACCACUCUAAAAGGCCACAAUUCCUAUGUAUCCUCCAUCACCCUUGCUGGGAAAUUCUUAUACGUGGGCUCUUCUGACAGAGAAAUCCGCUCGUGGGAUUGUAAUCCUCUAACUUCACAACUUGAUCAAGAGAUUAUAAACAACAACAAAGUAGCUGUUGGCAAGGGCGCGGUGAAGUCCCUAGUUGUGUUAGCGGACAAGCUAUUUAGUGCUCAUCAAGAUCAUAAAAUUCGGGUGUGGAAAAUCAAUAACCAAGAACAUGAUCAUCAGCAAAAGUACACUCGUUUGGCCACAUUACCAACACUCGGUGACCGCGCUUUCAAGCUACUGAUGCCCAAGAAUCAUGUACAAAUCCGGAGACACAAGACAUCUACUUGGGUCCAUCAUGUUGACACAGUGUCAGCCCUUGCCUUAACAACCGAUGGGACUCUUCUCUACUCAGUUUCAUGGGAUCGGACCAUCAAAAUUUGGCGAACGUCCGAUUUCAAGUGCCUGGAGUCAAUUACAAACGCUCAUGAUGAUGCAAUAAACGCAGUGGCAUUAUCCGACGGACAUGUUUAUACCGGAUCAGCUGACAAGAAAAUCAAAGUGUGGAGAAAAAACAAUGGAGAAAAGAAACAUUCUCUAGUUUCAACUCUGGAGAAACACAACUCAGGAAUCAAUGCCUUGGCGCUGAGCACUGACGGGUUUGUGUUGUACUCAGGUGCAUGUGACAGAUCGAUACUGGUUUGGGAGAAAGACGAGAGUGGCAACAUGGAGCUCGCAGGAGCCUUGAGGGGCCAUACGAAAUCCAUAUUGUGCAUUAGUGUGGUUUCUGAUUUGGUGUUGAGUGGUUCUGCGGAUAAAACCAUUAGAAUUUGGAGAGGAAUUGAUAGAAAUUACUCUUGCCUGGCAGUUCUGGAAGGUCACAAAGGCCCUGUCAAAUGUUUGACUGCAGCCACUGAUCAGUAUUAUAAUCACUCUGAUACUACUUAUCUUGUUUACAGUGGAAGUUUAGACUGUGACAUCAAGGUAUGGAAGAUUUUUGUUCCUCUCCAUUAA